GGGAGGAGCCAUCAGCCAUCAGCUUUCGCUGUCGUUGGACGUGUCGCGCUGUGCAAACUGCUGUAAAAUCUGCCCUAGCAGUUGAAAGAUGCCGAAGAAAAAGACUGGACAGCGGAAGAAGGCAGAGAAGCAGAGGAUACGACAGAAGGAAAUUAGAUCAGCGAAGGAACAUGUUCCUCUCGCCAAAUAUCCGUGCAAUGCUUCCAUGGAAUGCGACCGAUGUGAACGCAAACAGAAAAAUAGAGCGUUUUGCUACUUCUGUCAGAGUCUUCAAAGGCUUCCUCAAUGUGCUCAAUGUGGAAAAGUCAAAUGUAUGCUGAAGACUGGAGACUGCGUUGUGAAGCAUCCAGGGCAGUUCUCUACGGGGAUGGGCAUGGUGGGAGCUAUCUGCGAUUUUUGUGAAGCUUGGGUAUGCCAUGGUCGGAAAUGUUUGAACUCCCAUGCUUGUAUCUGUCCAUUGCAAGACGCAGUAUGUAUUGAAUGCGAGAGAGGUGUGUGGGAUCAUGGUGGUAGAAUGUUUCAGUGCUCAUUUUGCACAAACUUUCUCUGUGAAGAUGAUCAAUUUGAACACCAAGCUUCUUGUCAAGUCAUUGAAUCUGAAAACUUAAAGUGCCAAUCUUGCAACAAACUAGGUCAAUAUUCUUGUUUGCGAUGCAAAGUAUGUUACUGUGAAGAUCAUGUGCGUAGGAAAGGGUUCAAGUAUGAGAAGGGCAAAGCCAUUCCAUGUCCGAAAUGUGGCUAUGAUACAUCACAAACUAAAGACCUCAGCAUGUCCACCCGUAGCCAUAAAUUUGGUCGGCAAGGGUUCAAUGAUGGUGACGAGGACGAUGAUGGUCCAUCUUAUGGGUAUUAUGGAUCUCAUAGCUAUGGAGAUGAUGAUGAUGAAGAUGAUUCUGAUGAGUCGGAUGGCUCCUACACUGAUUCAGAUGAUUCUGAUGAUGAUGAAGAUGAUGACUCUGAAGACGAUGAGGAUGAAGAGAAAGAGAAAAAGAAAGAUGAUAAGAAAUAGGUAACACCCACACUUAUUUGAAAAACGCAAGUAUGUUUGUGAAGGAUGAUUAUGAGACUGCCUUCAGUACUGUAUCACUGUCCUGGGGUGUUGUAUGUUGUGAAUCACAAUUUCCAUUCUCUUAAGUUCCAUCUUGUGUUUUCUAUAGAGUAAGGUCAUUUGUUGUGUUAAACUACAAGCAGGAACACGGCUGUGAUAAUCAUAGCACAGGAAAAAAAUACCACCAGAUGAAAUAUUUUUUUUUUUGAACCAAGCAUCAAUAUUUGAAUUGUCUUUACCUGGUUUGAUUGAAAUCACAUUGCCCACAUCUAUGUCUGUCAGAUGUCCGUGUGAUUGCUAUAGUUUCUCUUUCCAUGGCUGAAGGCUCAUGCGAGGAAGCUCUUUGAGAUUCGAACAGUAAACAUAUGGGUUUCUGAAAAGAGAGAAUAAACAUUGUUAUUCAAGGCGACUACCUCAAUUCCAAAGAUGUUUUGUAAAUAAGAUUUCAAAACAUGUUCUUAAAUUUAAUAGUGUGGGCACCCGGCUUGAUGCAGCUCCAAUGAGCAUUAUCGCAUAAAAUAAUGUUAUAAAAUUAUAUGAUUAUAUUUAAUUUUAUAAUCUAAUUUAAAAUUUAAAAUUUUAUGUUAUAUUUUAUUAUGGUAAUUAAAUGAUGAAAUGAUUCAA